UUCAGUCUCCAUUGUUUUCUUCUUAAAUGCAUUUAUAAUCUUCCGUAGCUGAAGAAACAGUUUGCAGACAACAUAAAGUCUUUGUCUUCUUCUCUCUGUCACAUUGAUUUGUGAAGAAGAAGAAGAGUGGCAGAGAAACCCAUGGCUAUGGCGGAGAUGGCAAUGAAGUCUUCAGUAACAACUGCAAAACUCACUCUUCCUCCUUCUUCUUCGUCUUGUAAGAAGAGAGUGAGGCAAGUCUCUGUCGCACUUCCGACAACAACCUCAAUCUCUCUGUUAUCUGUCUUCUCAUCUCCUCCUCCUGAAGCCAAAGCUGCCGUUUCCAUUUCCAAGGACCAGAUCGUCUCCUCUCUCACUGAAGUGGAGAAGACAAUCAACCAAGUUCAAGAAACUGGUUCGAGUGUUUUCGAUGCAACGCAGCGUGUUUUCCAAGUGGUAGGAGAUGCUCUCAAACCAGCCUUGGACACUGCUUUGCCCAUCGCAAAGCAAGCCGGCGAAGAGGCUUUGAAGCUUGCUUCUCCUGCUUUCUCAGAGGCUUCGAAGAAAGCUCAAGAAGCGAUGCAAAGCUCUGGUAUUGAUGCAGAGCCUGUCUUUAAUGCUGCAAAGACAGUAACAGAUGUGGCCCAACAGACAACUAAAGCUAUUGAAGAUGCUAAGCCCAUUGCUUCAUCGACCAUGGAGACGAUAUCUUCAGCUGAUCCUAGUGUCGUUGUUGUUGCUGCUGGUGCUGCCUUUAUUGCUUACCUUCUCCUCCCUCCUGUUUGGUCUGCUAUAUCUUUUAACUUCCGUGGUUACAAAGGUGACCUCACACCGGCUCAGACACUUGAUCUUCUCUGUUCCAAGAACUACUUGAUGGUGGAUAUAAGAUCAGAGAAAGAAAAAGAAAAAGCUGGGAUUCCUCGUCUCCCUUCAAAUGCAAAGAACAGUAUGAUCGCCAUUCCGUUGGAAGAGCUACCGAACAAAGUAAAAGGAAUCGUGAGGAACUCAAAACGUGUUGAAGCAGAAAUAGCUGCAUUAAAGAUAUCUUACCUCAAGAGAAUCAACAAAGGCUCCAACAUCAUCAUCAUGGACUCGUACUCGGACUCAGCUAAAAUAGUGGCGAAAACGUUAAAGGUUCUCGGGUUUAAGAACUGCUGGAUCGUUACAGAUGGAUUCUCUGGUGGAAGAGGAUGGUUGCAGAGCCGUUUGGGCACUGAUUCUUACAACUUCUCGUUCGCACAGGUCUUGUCUCCAUCGAGGAUUAUACCAGCAGCUUCUAGGUUCGGUACUAGAUCAGGAACCAAGUUCCUUCCCAGCUCGGACUGAGAAAACAAGAGAAUGUAUCAUUAGCUAAAGAAGUGUUGUUUUAUAUUCCUUUUUACAUCUCAACUUUGAGAGAUCUUUUGGUAAAAUUUUCGAAUUAUUAUUUGUCUUUUAGAUUGAUGAUCA